AUGUUGUGGUCCGUUUUGGCUACGGUCACCUGUUUCGGAUAUACCACUUGGGCAAAAAUCCGAGACACGUCCCUUUUUUCUGCUUACAUUUCUUACACGCUUUUCAUUCGCUCGUCACUUUCUCUGAAUACUUAUAUUCCUCUGCUUUUACCUCCUCUUACCCUUGCUCUGGUAUCGUGUGCAAAUCACAUGACCUCUGGGUGGUCUAUGGUGCACGGGUGUGCUCCCCCAGUAGUUUUUCACCAAAAAAAAAAAAUCUCUUCUAGCGACUCUGGACAUGUUCAAGACCAUCGUCACGGGCAGCACGCGCUUGCUUUCUCACGCGGCGCCUCUUCGGACUUCUGCGGCCAAAGCAGUUCCCGAUUUGGCGCCUUUGAAAUUCGACUCCAACGGCAGCUCCAGCUUGUACGCCAUUUGCAAGAUCCACAAUAUGCCCUACUUGGUUUCGAAAGGCGAUCGGUUGGUUUUGCCAUACAAGAUGAAGAACGUCAAGGUGGGCGAUGUGUUGAAACUCAACAACGUCACCAGUAUCGGGUCGAGAAACUUCACAUUCAACGACGACAAUGGCAUUCCGGAGCUGGCUUUCGAAUUGACGGCGACUUUGGCCGAGAUCACAAGAGAACCAAAGUACCAAGUAUACAAGAAGAAACAGAGAUGCAGAAGAUUGAAGACGGUGGAUGUUGA